UAUAAUAAUGUAUUCCUCAUGUUUUUCAAUGACUUGACAUGUGAAUAUUAUUAUUUUGAUUAGACAGAGGCGCAUGCGCAUUGCCGAUGAGUUCCAGUCUUUCUUCUUCUUCGCUGCUCGUUUAUAAGUCGCUCUCUCGCGUCUCGAACCGGCGCCAUCUUACUCGGGGCUGUUGGUUUCAGGAUGGUCGCUGAAUGUGCGGCAGCUAAAUGUCACACAAAAAGAUCCCGGGACAGUAAAUCAGCAGGAAUCACCUUCCACACGCUGUUGUUGUGCAGUGUUUACUGUCAUAUUCCGUCACGAAGGUUUCCCAAAGAUGAAGCGCUGCGCAGGAAGUGGAGCGUGGCCAUGCGAAGGCCGGAGGGAUGGAGGCCGUCGCAGUGGGACGUCGUCUGCAGCGUCCACUUCCUACCAGAAGACUUUGACAGGACGGGACAAACCGUGAGGCUGAGGAAAGGCGUCGUACCGACCGUGUUCCCCAACCUGCCCCAGCAUCUUCAGAAGUCCACAGUGAAGCCGAGGUCCACGCUGAACUCUCAGGUCACUACGGUGCAGGAGCUUCCUACCGGACCGAGCUCCAAGAAGCGAAGAAUCUCCUCAGUGCAGAUUAAUGACGCGAAGAAAGUGCAACCAAAACUGGACCACGAUUAUUCCUGCUCCAGCUCUGAGACGCUCCGGCUGAAGUGGCUCGGAGCUCAGGACCAGAUCCAGAAGCUGAAGCGGCGUCUGGUCAAAGUGAGGAUGAGGGAGUGUCGCACCAAAAAGGCCAUGAGGGCUUUUCUGGUGGGAGAACUGGGACAGAACGACGUCCUCGCUCAGGAGCUGCAGACUGAUCUGGACGAACGUCCCAAAGAAGCUGAGACCAGGACUUUAUCCCAGAACACACAGGACUCGAGACCAAUUCAACACAAACCCAAAAAGAGUUGGAACCAGUUCUCAACACCAAGGCAAAGAUGGCUCCUCAGGGUCAUGGACACCACACUUGAUUUUCCACGUAGCGUCCAGGAUGAAACAGAAGAUCAGAACGUGGCUGAUUCGGACGCGAGCGCAGAGUCGGUUGAACCGACACCAAACGCUCCAUCAUCAGUUUCCUGCAGGAACCAACACGAAGACUCAGACUCAGGAAGAGUCGAGCACAAAGAAGGAUCAGAGUCGGAGCAUCGAGCGGCUUCGAAGCAUCUUCCAGCAGAAUCUGAUCCGGCUCCUGAUGCGUUCACUGCCUUUGGGAACCAGGUGGCGUCGGAGCUGAGGCGACUGAAAGACACGGAAAAUGUGCGCAGGCUGAAAAAAGACAUCAUGAACAUGAUCCACGAGACAAGAGACGCUGAAAGAGACAGAUCCCAAAGCUAGAACCAGUUUCUAUUAUCGUUUCAAAUAAACUCCACUGAACUUA